AUGGUAGGCCCAUUUGACAGUCUUGCAGAUGCAUUAAUACGACAGAUGAACCUCCAGUUGGAGGACAUGCGGCACAAUGGAGAAUACUCUCUCCUUCUAAGGAUCAUUCGGGGCCAGACCUCAUUAACAGACAGAGUUGCCAAGAACCAAGAAGCACUAUCUGUUGCCCGGAAGAAAGCAGGGGCAAUUUUGACUGUAUCACGACCUAAGCCACAAACUGACCCUGGAUUUAUUCAGAGAACGCAAAAAGCCCUUGAAGAAACACAGGACGCUAUCCAGGAGACUCAGCGAAAUAUAGAGCGUCUCGAAGCCCAGCUAAAAGAUGUUACUGCCAAGACUGCAAACAAGGAUGAAUUACGACGUGCUGCAUUGACUCUAGCAGACAGAGAAAAUGCGGGUAGGGAGGAGCUCGUUGAACUUUAUCACAGCAUAUCGGGAGUACACUGGGAUCAGCCCGACUUGGGAUAUGUGCUUAGCGAGGAGAUUGCAAAACCCAUCCGUUUCAGCUCCUGUGUCGAUGCCACCAACCAGCUCUGGGAAAUGAUUAACAUGUAG